CGGCGCGCGCAGGCGCCGCAGAAGGUGCUGUGCUCACUCGCCCUUCCCGGCUUCCUCCGCCUUCUCCGGGACCCUGGUCACUGCCGCAGGUGACCCCUUCCCCUAGCCCGUGGGAGGGCGGCAGGGACCAUGGAGACGGCACUGGGCGCCGGCUGCAGCCCGCCUGCGGAGCCUGGACCGGCGGAGGGGCUCGCCCAAAGCCCCGCCCCGCAGGCGCCUCCCCCAGACCCAGACCCGGGGCUGCUGUACCAGGAGGAAACCAUCGACCUGGGGGGAGACGAGUUUGGGUCAGAGGAGAAUGAGACCGUGUCAGAGGAUUCUAACAAUCUCGUGGAUAAGCUGAGCGAGCACAUGAUGGAGAGUGUGCUCAUUUCUGACUCUCCGAACAACAGCGAGGACGACACGGGUGACCUUGGGGGCGUGCAGGAUGUCGCCGAAGGCAGCGCCGAUCACAGACUGGACAGUGUCAUGGAUGAAGGCGCGCCCGGCUCUCCGACGCGGGACAGUGAAAGUGAGGGAGACGAAGCGCCUAAGGGCGUCUCCGAUGCGACCCCUGAGGGCCGGGCAUCCUUGGGGGAGGACCCGGAGCCAGAGGGGAAAGGCCUGCCCACCUGUGCGAGCGACGGCGCUGGGGAUCCGGGCCCCGCGAGCCAGGGCCCUCUGCCCGGCGCGCCCCCGAGGCAGCCCCCUCCCAAGGACGAGCCGGUGCCCGUGUGCACCAUCUUCAGCCGCUCCCAGCCGGCGGCCGCCCAGCCGCCCCCCUUCCUGCAGGACGGCUUCCAGUCGCAGGUGGUGAAGUCGCCCAGCUUCAGCGGGGCCGGCCAGCCGGCGCCCAAGACCCCUCCGCCGGCAGUGCAGCCAAGCCCCAGCCUAAGCACGUUUUUUGGAGAGACGACCAGCACCAACUCCCUGGCCUCCGAGUUCUUCGACUCGUUCACAACGUCCACAUUCAUCUCCGUCAGUAACCCCAACGCAGGCGCUGCUGCCGCUCCACAGCAGCUGUCGCCAGGCGGCUCCCCGGUGGGCGGGGACUCCCGGGGUCCCGCGGAGCCCCGCCCCCGCGGGAGGGAGCGCGCGGAGCCGGCCUUUGCGGUGGCUCCCGCGGAAGCGCCGCAGUCUCCGAAGCCGUUUUCGCAGAUCCAGGCUGUGUUCGCGGGGAGCGAGGACCCCUUCGCCACCGCCCUGAGCGUGAGCGAGAGGGACCGCAGGAGUGACGCCUGGCUGCCUGGGGAGGGGACCCGGGACAUCCUGAUUUCCGUGGCGACCCAGCAGUGCGGCGCCGUGUUCAUAGACAAGGAGAACCUCGCCAUGCCCGGCCUCAAGUUCGACAACAUCCAGGGAGAUGCAGUUAAAGACUUGAUGCUUCGCUUCCUGGGUGAAAAAGCUGCCGCGAAGAGACAGGUCUUAACUGCCGACUCGGUGGAGCAGUCUUUUGUUGGCUUGAAACAGCUAAUUAGCUGCAAAAACUGGAGGGCGGCAGUGGACCUGUGCGGGCGCCUCCUCACUGCCCACGGCCAGGGCUACGGCAAGAGCGGGCUGCCCACCAGCCACACGGCGGACUCGUUGCAGCUUUGGUUUGUGAGGCUGGCCCUGCUGGUCAAGCUCGGCCUCUUCCAGAGCGCCGAGAUGGAGUUCGAGCCCUUUGGGAACCUGGACCAGCCGGACCUCUAUUACGAGUACUACCCGCACGUGUACCCUGGGCGCAGGGGCUCCAUGGUCCCCUUCUCCAUGCGGAUCUUGCACGCGGAGCUGCCCCAGUACCUGGGCAACCCCCAGGAGUCGCUGGACCGGCUGCACCGAGUGAAGGCCGUCUGCAGCAAGAUCCUGGCACACCUGGAGCGGGGCCUGGCCGAGGACGGUGGCGUGAGCGUCAGCACACCGGACAGCAGGCAAGCCUCCGUGCAGCUGUGGCGGUCCCGCCUGGGCCGGGUGACGUGCUCCAUGGCCAACUGCCUGCUGCUGAUGAAGGACUACGUGCUGGCUGUGGACAUGUACCGCGCGGCCGUCCAGUUCUGCCCCGAGCAGGAACCGCAGCUGCUCAGCGGCAUCGGCCGCAUCUUCCUUCAGAUUGGAGACAUAAAAACAGCUGAAAAGUAUUUUCAAGACGUGGAGAAAGCAGCGCAGGAACAGGACGGGCUGCAGGGGAAGAUGAUGGUGUCGAUGAACAGAGCUUUCCUUCACCUCGGUCAGAAUAACUUUGCGGAAGCCCACAGAUUCUUCACAGAAAUUUUGAGGAUUGACCCCACAAACGCCGUGGCCAACAACAACGCCGCCGUGUGCCUGCUCUACCUGGGCCGGCUCAAGGACUCGCUGCGGCAGCUGGAGGCCAUGGUGCAGCGCGACCCCGGGCGCUGCCUGCACGAGAGCGUGCUCUUCAACCUGACCACCAUGUACGAGCUGGAGUCCUCGCGCAGCACGCAGAAGAAGCAGGCCCUGCUCGAGGCCGUCGCCAGCAAGGAAGGGGACAGCUUCAACACACAGUGCCUCAAGCUGGCCUAGGCCGGCCGCCGCCGGGAGCGCCGCGUCGUUGGAAGCUGCGCCGCCGUGCCGGUCUGGGAAGGCGGCUGGCGGACGCGGGGAGCCCCUCUCCCUGGGACCUGGGAGCCUGUGCCCUGGGUCCGAGCUACGGCUGCAGCUGCACCAUCGGGGAUAUGAGGCACAUGGGCCGUCGGGCCAGCGGCCGCAGACAGGGACUUCAUGCGACACGCUGGGUCCCUUUUGUUUAAUCCUGGAAGCCAGCCUGCUCGCGUCAUUGAGUUCGAGUAUCCUCAGAGAAGAGCUGACAGUGUCACAAACCCCUCUCACUCUGCCUGCGCACCCAGGGCUUCGCUAAGUGCGGCAGAGACGCCAGACAUCACUGACGUCACCUCUCCCUGCCACCACCUCCCCACCCGCUGGACGCUCCGCCCACUUCUGACGCCUGUCCAGCCCACGCUGAGCCCCUUGGGCAAGCCCGGUGGCGGGUGGACUCCGGGUUGUGUACGUCGCGGGGAGGCGGGGGGUGAGCGGGGGAGUCCGUCCAACAAGAGGCUCCAAAAGCAGGAAACGCGGCUCCAAGCAGGUGGCCGGCGGGGGGCGGGGGCACCCGCCCGUCAGGCCGCUGCUGUGGGGACGUGGUCAUCCCUGCGCUUCGCCGGGCCCCAGUCCCUGGAACUGCUUCACUUCCCCAAAGAGGCGGCCGCCGGUCCUCCCGGGGGCGGGGCUUCCUGGAGCGCUGGCGUGGGGCGCGGUGCGGUCGCCACGUUCCUGUUUGAGUUUGUAAUAAAGCAAACCAACCGCUGUGGAAA